AUGCCUUCCAGUAGCGCUCAGAAUCCUGCCUAUCCGUUUCUCCACGACAGCCAUCUUGACACGAAUUACCAUUCUGACGACUCGUCCUUUUCAAGACGCCCUCAGCAAAGGCUGCCAUAUCCACAUCCCUCACCAAUUUCCCCCUCCCGCGCCCCUUACCCCGCGCAUGCGCCUCAUGCGUCUUCAAGCCGCCCUGGAAGCGUACACAUCGUCGAUUCCUUGCAACCUCCUUCCAUCGAUCCCCCGCCGCCCCAGAAGAAGCGUCCUAAAUAUACGCGCAGCAAGGCUGGAUGCCUCACUUGUCGAAGCAAGAAGAUCAAGUGUGACGAGGUCAAACCGAUUUGCACGCGUUGUGAUCAUGCACAACGCGAAUGUACGUGGCCGACGGAAACGCAACGCAAGAAAAUUCCGAGGCGUGUCCGAUCCUCGAACUCCCCAGACGCAGGCCCGGGUUUACCGGCCGUACCCAGUAAUGCAGGCCCCUAUAGUGCGUUGUCAGCAUAUCGGGCUACUCCCGACUCUACUUCCAGUGCUUCCGAGGACACAGGAAGCACAGUUUCAGGGACAUAUGAUGACGGCAUUGGCGGCCUGAGUGGGAGCGAGUCUGGGGACGACUACGGCCGCAUGGCUGGUUCAGGUUAUCUUGACCAAUCAUAUCUUCCUCAAACUCAAACUCAUCUGGUCGGAGCAUACCAAAACCUUAGUCUCUAUCCUAACCAAACGAACGUGUACCGAACCGGGCAGCAACACAAUUUAGACCCUGAUGUGUCUGGCUCGCAGCCGCCCGGAAUCGACUACAAUAGUGUUAGCGUUCCGGCCCUCUCUGUGACAUCUUCUCCAUCUCAGGUCUCGACAGCUGGAUCUCCCAAUCAAAUGUACCCGCAAAUUGGCCCUCCCCAGUUGUACCCCCCCAACUUAGAUUUGAACCAACCAACUCUGAAUCUAGACUCGUUCAAUUUCCCUCAGCUCCCUCCCCUCCAGCCCCAACAUACUGAACCAAAAUGGAACUCUUAUUCACCUCAAGCAAUUAACCCCCCCGUAACUGCUGGUUUUGAAUAUCCCUACAAUUCGGGGGCGGAUGCACACGGUGGAGAUGAGCACGCAAGCGGGACAGAUUACGAGUCGGAACAGAGCAACGCUCCUCUUUCUCCUCCCGAGGAAGCACCCUCUCCUGAGGAAGCAGCGUUAGCUGGGUAUAGCUCAGCUGGAGUGCCCACAACCACCGGGAACGAGCAAUGGAACAAUGCUCCAGCCAUUGUCAAUUCCGCGCCUGACCCUAUUGAGCCAUUUUUCAAGACGCUCAAAGAGCGAGAAUUGAUUCAUCAUUACGCAGGGAGCAGCACAGAGCUCAUUAUGGCAGUAAAUACGUCAGCAGGGCUCAAUCCUGUUCUUGCGACCACUCUUCCCAUCGUUCUCUCUGUUCUCCCGCGCACGAGUGCUCCUGUCGAAGCGCUUCGUCUUUCUCUCCUUGGCGUUGCCGCGAUACAUCAAUCAUCCCUUCAUUCACACUCCAACUCAAAUAGACAACUACUUGAGAAGUCAACUGUGACAAAAAUGCGUGAAGCGAAGAAAGGUGCACCCUUAUCGCUGGGACUCUUAGGGGACGAAGGUGACCAAGAGGCGGCUGAGAAUCUCAGGUUGGCGCUUUUGUUAAGGCAGAACGCCUCCCAAUGUUUAUAUUUUGCGUAUCAAUCGCUGGAAGGGUCGUUACACGAUGCGGCUUUGGCCGCUAGCGUGUCGAUUGCUUUGAUAGAUAUCUUCGCUGGUGGAAAUGACUUUGAGUCGAACUUGGCUCUCGCGAAGCAGCUGAUCGCUAUUCGGGGCGGUCCGGAGAACAUCAUUGCUAAUAAUGCACCAGUUAGAACAUCCUUUGGCGGAGGCGUCACUGUUUCUCCUGCCAGGCUGCUACUAGAAAUCAUCGCGGUGUAUGAUGCUUUUGGCUCUCUGACUACCGGAGAAGAGCCAGCCUAUCUAGGGCAUGGCGAUGUGCGAUGGUGGUUAGAUGGUGAUGACUGGAACUACCAUAAAUACUCGGUCGAGAAAAAGUUCGGUAUGUCAAGGACGUGCAUUCACCUUGUAGCCAAGGUCAGCACGUUACUGUCGCGCCUGAGCGCUGUCGAAGGGACGGAAAGUUUCACAGGGGUCCCUCCGAAUCCUAAGAACGUCUCGGCCAACGCUCUUAAUCUUCAUGCUGAAGCCACCGCUCUCCUCGCAAGAUUAGAUGAAGAGGCAAACAGUGAUGCAGCCCGUGCCACCCGAUUCAUGGAAAUUGGUUCGGAUGAAGGGACUGCCACCGGUGGUAGGAGCCGGGGUGGUGGAGGUUUUGGAGCGAACGAACAACCUCCCCCGAACGCAUCUCCCGAUUACCCCCAGACGACUGCAAAGCGCAUUGAACAUGGGACCCAGGCUCACCUGCUUGCUUUCCAGAUUGUCCUUCUACGUCUCGUGUUCCACGUGGACCGUCAUGAUCGUCGUGUGCAAUUCCUGGCUAACGAGAUAAUCACACGUUGCCAUGCAAGCGCCACAUUGCUGCAGAUGCCUAUCGAUCUUACAUGGCCUGUCAUAAUUGCGGCUUCCGAGUUGGACGUUCAGAAGCGUGGAUUAGUUUCUGAGAUUUUCGAAGGGUUCAGGAAGAAAUGUUGCUAUGAUAUUGAUACUGCCGAACAAAUUGUCAAUCGCGUGUGGCAGCGCGUGGACCAAAACCAACCUCGAGCAAACUGGAAGUCCGUGCUCGAGGACGAUAAAACGAGGGUCCUUCUAAUAUAA